CUAAGGUCAAAUAAUUUGCCUGAAAGUGUUCAAAGUGAUUCAUUCCAUCUGCCAAAAGAAAAAAAAAGAAAAACCGGUCCUCUCUUUCCCUUCUACAUCCCAAAAAAAAAACCUUUCUUCACCACUCAUCAUCAGCAUCGUCAAUCAUGGACUCUGAAUUUCCAGCCGGCGGGACAACCCCAAAGCGUCAGCUACAAAUCCAAGGUCCACGACCUACCCCACUAAAAGUCAGCAAAGACUCCCAUAAAAUCAGAAAACCGCCUCACCCACCACCCCACGCCGUCGCCGCUGCGGUCCCAGCAGCAGCAUCAGGAGACCAACGCCGUCGCGAGCCGGUAAUCAUCUACGCCGUCUCACCCAAAGUCAUCCACGCCGAAGAAUCCGACUUCAUGUCAAUUGUCCAACGCUACACGGGACUUUCGUCGGGCAACUUCUCAGGCGACGGCGACGUAUCGCCUGCGGCGAGGUUGGCAGUGAUGGAAAAGGCGGGUCUGAGCCCGAGAGAGAAAAUAGGGGACGCGGGGGUUAUGGUGGAAGGUGGGACGGAAGAGGGUUUGAUUCGGAUGCCGCCAGGGAUACUUUCGCCUGCGCCGGAGACGUUGCCGGCGGUGCCCACGGGUACUUUCUUUUCGCCAGCUUCGGAGGCUAGAAUGAUGUCGCCUUGGCAUGAGUGGAGCCCGAUGUUACAUGGAAGUGGGUUCAUGGCAAGCCCUUCUACAUUGCUUUCUGGGCCUUUAAUUUCUUCUCCAAGUUCUGAUUUUUAUGCUCAAAUUUGGAACCUUUAGCCAUUUUUUUUUUUAAUAUCUAAAU